GCAUGGAAGGCUAAAUGCAUCUAAGAGCUUAUCCACCAGGGUAAAGAGAAGCUCUGGCUGUAUGGUAGACGGCGUGAAGCCCGUGUUCGUUUCGUGUUUAGCGCGCUGUAUAUACCGAAGAGGUGCCCAAAAAUUUGCAUCAUCCAAGAGGCUAUGCUUGCUGGUAUCUGUUACCGCGCGACUACUAAUAUCCCUCGAGCCUGCUCGUAUUUCCGACUUUCAUACCCAGCUUUCAAACCAGCCCUCAGUUCUGCAAUACAGCGACUUCCUCCUUCGAACCGCAGCUUCCUCACAACAAUGGCUGCCAACACUCCGUACGUCACGCUUAACGAUGGCAACAAGAUGCCUCAGGUCGGAUUUGGGCUGUGGAAGGUCGAUAAUGCCACCUGCGCGGACACUGUAUACAACGCCAUCAAGACUGGGUACCGACUGUUCGAUGGAGCCUGUGAUUACGGUAACGAGAAGGAAGCCGGAGAGGGUGUCGCACGUGCUAUCAAGGAGGGAAUUGUGAAGCGUGAGGAUUUGUUCAUUGUGUCAAAGCUGUGGCAAUCUUUCCACGACUACGAGCAGGUUGAGCCUAUCACCCGGAAGCAGCUUGCUGACUGGGGUGUUGACUACUUUGAUCUUUGGGUUAUCCAUUUCCCUGUAGCGCUCAAGUACGUCGACCCCAAGACGCGCUACCCACCUGGCUGGUACAACGAUGAAGCCAGCACCAAGAUCGAGCACAGCACCGCAAGACUCGAAGACACAUGGAGAGCCAUGGAGGACGUGCAGAAGAAGGGUCUCGCAAAGAGCAUCGGUGUCUCAAACUACAACGGCGCUCUGCUCCUUGACAUGUUCACAUACGCGAAGGUGAAGCCCGCGACACUCCAGAUUGAGCAUCACCCGUACUACGUCCAGCCAAACCUGCUCAAGCUUGCUGAGCAGCAUGGAAUUGCCGUUACUGCAUACUCAUCGUUCGGUCCUCAGUCGUUCAUCGAGUGUGACAUGAAGAUCGCCGCAGACACACCUCUCCUGUUUGACCAUCCGGUCAUUACAAAGAUCGCAGAGGCACACGGCAAGACACCAGCACAGGUUCUUCUUCGAUGGUCCACACAACGUGGUCUCUCCGUCAUCCCCAAGAGCAACUCGCAGAACCGUCUGCAACAGAACUUGGACGUAACAAGCUUCGACCUGAAGUCCGAGGAGAUUCAGCAGAUUUCGGAUCUGGACAAGAACUUGAAGUUCAAUGUGCCCACAAACUAUGGCAUCCCCUGUUACGUCUUCGCCUAAGCGCCUGACAGCGGCGCAACGCUCGACUACGGACCAAACGGUAUAGUCGCGAUCGUAUCGCGAUCGCAGCGGAUACUAGUCAUGAUGCAGCAAUCAACGAGAAACUGAAGAUAACCUUUG